UGAUCAAUAAGCCAUUUUCUAAAUUUCGAUCUAAAUAUUUCGACACGUAUAUAUCGGGCUCGUUAAUUAAGAGUUCGUAGAAUCGCGUCCCAUUUGAAACUCUCCCUAACGUUAUGAAAUACUUAAAUAUGUAUAUACAUGUAUGCAUAUAGACAAUUAGUGAAGAUACUCGUUACUCGUCCUCGUCACUUCGCAGCCAGCAACCAGCUGGGGCACAUCGUGAGAGUGACAGCUUUGUCCAAAGUUCAUUCAACAUGAAUUUUUUACACUCGAAAACGUUAAAAAAGUAGUUUCCAGUAUUUAAUUGACAAAAAAACAUUGACAAAGGAAGGGAAACAGAGUCUUAGGACAUUUAUAAAUUUCAAUAACAUUUUAUAUCGACUUUAUAUCGAUUUCGUAAAAAAACAUAAGAAAAUAUAUUUGUUGCAUUCGCGACACAAAAUCCUACUUGCAUUACUGUUCUUGAAAAUAAGUGACUCACACGCAGGGGGCGGUUUCGUGCGAUACCUAUUAUAAACAAAAAGAACUUUGAUCCAGUUGUCAAUGAAAAUGUUGAAGGAUUAACUUUUUCAUGUUCUCAUAUACCGUUCUGAUGAUCUCUUAUCGUAAAACAUUGUUGAGAACAAAGGUCGUGAUCUACGGGUGCUUCUUAUCACGUUGAAAAAGCUAAUAAAAAAAAGUAAAUAGGCCAAUAGACGAAACCGACGGCACCGACGAGUUGAACGGAGUAGAGGUUCGGGAAUUGUGAAAAUCUUAAGAACAUCAUGCUGGAAAACGUUAAUAAGGAAUUAGUGCCGAUCAAGGCGCACUAUUUUCUUUUCAAUGCAGCAACUGGACCAAUUGUACCUUUUUUACCCACCAUAGCGAAACAACUAGGAUUCUCUGGUUUUCUAGUUGGAGGAAUUUAUACAAUUUUGCCAAUUUCUGGCCUCAUAGCCAAACCGCUGUUCGGCGGUCUGGCUGACAAAUACAGACUGCACAAAAUGUUUUUUCUCAUAUUCCAAGCAAUACUCGCUGUAGGAUUUUUUCUCAUUUACUUCAUUCCAAAAAUACACGUUGCUGCACCGGUGCACUUGGCUUGCCACGAUGCCACAUUUAUGGAAGUCUGUUCACCAAAUGGAUUUUCUGAGAAACUCCUACGAGCUGUUGUCACUCCCAAUGCAACAAAUUCCAAGUGCCACUUGAGCUGUAACGCAACAUCAUCAAUUUACAAAGAACUGUGUUCCGGUUGGCAAGCGAUACAGUACUGUGGCUUAGUCAACACAAAUGUUUCACCAGACACAAGAUUUGACUUUGAUACAGAGUUCAGUAUGGACCAAGAUUUAACAGUAGGAAAGUGCGUUGAUAUUCGUCUGAGGAAUGUGACAUUUGCCGAUGGGAUACCACACAUACCUGUGUGCGAUACCACAAUACGUGCAUCGUGCAUAGCAGAGUGCUUUGAAGUAUCAGCACUGAAAAAAAUGUUGCAAGAAGUUAACGGAGACUCGUCGAUGACUUCGGCCUAUCAGUUCCACUUGUUUUUGUGGGCUGCCAUUGUGUCCUGGGUUGGGAUGGCCAUUGUUGUUAGCAUUGCUGAUGCUAUUUGCUUUGAUCUUCUUGGUGAUGAACGUCGUAAAGAGUAUGGAAAGCAAAAAAUGUGGGGUAGCAUAGGAUUUGGUAUAUUCGGAAUAAGCGCCGGUUAUCUCGUCGACGUUCUCAGCCAUGGAUCCAUCGAGAAAGAUUAUACCUCCAUUUUUUAUAUUAUGCUGAUUGCCAUGAUAUUUGAUAUGAUCGUAUCUGCGACGUUGAAGAAGGUUGGAACGAACGAGUGUUGGCAAAACGAAUUAUCGGUAUUUUGGGAAUUGGGUUCAGUGGCGAGAGAAGGCAGAGUUUUGGUCUUUGUUUUUUGGUGCAUCGGUGCUGGAAUGUGCACCGGUGUAGUAUGGAAUUUCUUAUUCUGGUACACGGAAGAUUUGGCAACAGGAGGGGAAGCUACUUGGCUCAAAACCCUCCAAGGACUAAUGACCGGUGUGCAAUGUUUUCUGGGAGAAUUACCCUUCAACUUUAUCUCCGGAAGGGUUUUGAAAAAACUUGGACACAUAAACGUGAUGAGUCUCGUUUUGCUGAUCUAUGCGGUGAGAUUCAUGGCUUAUAGUCUCGUGACAAGGGCGUGGGUCAUUCUCAUUGUAGAGCUACUCCAUGGCCCUACGCUUGGACUUUGUUGGCCUACCAUGGUCUCGUACGGCGAUAAAGUCGCGCCUUCCGGCACAAGAGCGACGAUCCAGGGCUUCGUUGGCGGUAUUUUUGAAGGCAUUGGUGUCGCUUGUGGAAGUUUAUUGUGCGGUAAAUUGAUGGAUAGUUACGGCGGAGUAAUAACAUUUCGGAUUUUCUCUGCUGGUGCUCUCGUAUGGUUGAGCAUUUAUUGGAUUUUACAAUUAUUGCUUCGGAAAGCAAAAGCAUAUCCGAUUCAUCAAGGUCACAAUCAUUUAGCGAGUUACGCAACACCGAGCGAUGCGAUUCUCAUGACGAUGAGCCAGGAGCUUCAAACUUAUUGAAAUAGAUUGAACCUGGAGGUCAACGCGACACUUAAUUCUUCGAUGUUUAUAUAUUCUCGCUCUCUCUUUUUUUUGUUGUUGUUUUAAUCAAUCACACAAUUGUGACUCCGAUCAUGGCGAUGGAUGUUGGAAUCUCCCGUUCGAAAUGGAAUAUUUUGUUCUUUUUUUUCGCUGGGAUUGUUUUUUUCGUACUUAAACUUUCGGGUUUUAUAAUUUAAUGAUCGUUUUUCCGGUGAAUUGCGGUGAUAUGCUAGAUUUUUAAACAAAUUGUAAGAAAAAUAACUGAUUUUAUAUUUCUGAGAGAAUUUCUAAUUAAUUUUAAAAUUGGGACAAGUUAGUCAAAAAUUCGUGGAGGGUUCCAAUUUCUCAGUGAAUUUUGGUGUAUUCUUUACAAUCAAAGCGAAUGAAACAUCGAAUUAGGUUUUUAAUUUUGAAAAGGUUGAUGCAUCUAUUGCAGCCCAAUCCUUUCAAUCGAGUCGACUCGAUUCCCCCCUACACAUAGAAUCAAUUAACGAAACGAAAUGCUCGUGGAAUCGAUCGAACGCACGACUCAUGACUAAAGGCAUUCCUAUUUCUCAUUUUCCUUCCUUUUUUUUAUCCACUGUGUGCGAAACAUAAAAAUUUCCUGAGUGUGUGUGAUACGUCGAAUAGUAAACUUAGAUGCUCAGUAUUAAACGGCGAUUAUAAAUUGUAAUGAAACUGUACACGUUAAUUGUAACCUUAAUUGUUGUUAUACGCAACAAAUAAAUUCGAUUUUGUACACUUCGA